CAAUUUUGCAGUUACCUCAUCUUCUAACUCUGCUUUCGCUAUGGUUUUCUCUGAUGUGUUUGACAUUUUCAUUUAGGGGCACUAAUUAGGUGACAUCGAGAAGAUCUAUAUAUCAUCUUCAGAAUCUCAAUAAGGAUGGGAAGAGUUAAACUAAAGAUAAAGAAAUUAGAGAGCAUUAGCAAUCGACAAGUAACUUUUUCAAAGCGAAAGAGUGGAAUAUUGAAGAAAGCCAAGGAAUUGUCAAUAUUAUGUGAUAUAGACAUUGCCCUUCUCAUGUUUUCUCCGACAGGGAAGCCUAUAUUACUACAAGGAGAGCGUAGCAAUCUUGAAGAGGUCAUCGAAAAAUUUGCUCAACUAAGUCCACAAGAAAGGGCCAAGAGGAAAUUGGAAAGCCUUGAAGCACUAAAAAAAACCUUUAAGAAGUUGGAUCAUGAUGUAAAAAUACAAGAUUUCUUAGGUUCAAGCAGCCAACAAGUUGAGGAAUUGACUCAUCAUUUGAGAGUGCUACAAGCUCAGCUUGCUGAAGUACACCAGAGAUUGAGCUAUUGGAAUAAUGUAGAAAAGAUCAAUAAUGUUGAACAUCUUAGGCAAAUGGAAGACUUACUAAGGGAGUUAAUCAAUCGAGUAUGUCUACGUAAGGAAAAUUUGGGAAAACACCAACUAAUGUCACUUGAUUGCACUAACCAGUUACAGGAAGGCAUAACUUUACCCCUGAUGAUGGCCAGUCUACAAGAAGCCCAACCCCUAGCUUGGCUGUUAAAUAAUGAUAAUAGUCAAUUGAUUCUACCUUCUGAACCAAAAUUUAUUCCAUUUAGUGAUAAUCUCAAUAGAGAUGCCGAGUGCUCCAUUAAUGUUUCACUACCAAGCUAUUCUGGUUAUAUAAGCACUGCCAAACUUGAGGUUGGCAACUCACCUCAUGUUGCUACUUUAGGUCAAGGUAGUGGUGGUACCUUAAAUGAGUUUAAUGAAGGUGCUUGUUUGAGUACACAACGUUGUGAGCAGUUUUCAUACCCACCACCACUGGAUAGUGAGGAACAGAAGCAUCAUCCGACUAUGAAUGGUAGACCAAGCCCUGUGGAUUAUCAAGUUAAUAACAGUUUUGAUUUGCCUAAAUCCAUCUUUGAAAAUGGACAUCAAUUCUGGAAUUCUACUUCUACACCUUGUGGCAUUGCCAUGUACAAUGAGAAUGGCUACCAUCAAUGACUGAAAGUAUAGCUACCGCUUAUGAAGAAAGAUGGUGACGAAAGAGACAAUCCAAACUUGCAAAAAGUAGACUUGUUUGUGGGAGCUUUAGCCACCUAAUGUAUUAGUUGUAAAUACUAUUUAAGGUUGUAGAGUUUAGGUUAUCUUGACUAACUUGAGUACAGGCUAUUGAAAUCUAAUAGAUUUGGGCUGUAAAUUUGAAUUUUGUACAGAAUGAAAAAUAAUUAUACA